CUGCCUGACCUGCUGAGUUCCUCCAGAGUUUCCCAUGAUUACUGCAUUAUCCUUACUACAUGCAUCUCUAAUUUUCUAGGCAACUACUACUUCAUGGGCCAGAAAUAGUUUUUACUCUUUUUUUGCUGUUUGCUAUCCCAUAGCAUGACCCAAAUUCUAAAUCGAAUCAUGAGCUGUUGUGCAAAGAUGAUUUCUAAACACUACACUAAUCACCUCCCCUCCUAGUAGUGUUACUUCACCCUGUCUGUUAGAUUUGAGGACUUCAGUGUAGGAUUAAGAGGACUGAUCUCUAGAAAAAUGAAAGACAAUCUUGAGGUAGAUUCUGUGAAGAAGUUUCCCCUGUGGUGUAAUCUAGAACUGUAUAGAAUGGUUUCAGAACAAGGGGUGAUAGUAGCCAGAAUAUACCUCCUCUACCAGGUUGUAAAUAUUUUUGUAUCCAUUAAUCUGUUCACUUUACUAUUGGAGACUGAAUCUUCAAGCGGGAGGAGUUUAGACUGGAUCAGUACUGUGGGCGGGAAAGCCUUGACCGACAAUAAAAUCACCCCUCGUUCACUUCUUUGAGUCAAGAUUCAAAGUUGGUCAGUGUCUCGGGUGUGAUUUCAGGACCAGGACAAUGGCUUGGCACGUAUAUCUGAGCGCUGUUGUCUCGAGACUCAUUUUUAUCUUUCACGCCUUAAUCGCAGUCUGGCGGGUGACUUACGUAACGAAUAAUUUCAUGUACUACCUUCUGCUACUUUUGACGUUGCUGAUCUUUGUAGAAAUGAUAGUGACCAUCGUUAUCCAGAAAGGAUCCGAUUACAAAGGGUUUUCUCCAGCACUGUUUUUUUAUCUGAUCAACAUAAUACCUCCAAUUUGGAUCCUUGAAGUACAUCAGCUUUUUAAGCAAUUACAGAGCAAGGAAUGUGAUGCUUCAAAGGAAAAUUCAACGUGUGCGUACUUUAUCCAGCCAGACAGACUUCCACAUGGAGGAAGUCAAAUGAAUUCCAGUUCCACACUCAAAUUUAAAAUUCUAGAGAAUGUUGAUUGGAUUCUAGGCCUGCACCAAACCCUUCUGAUUAUACUUGUAGUCGGGAAAUGGAUACUGCCCAUGGGAACAGGAGUCAACCGAGACCAGCUAUCCCAACUGCUCCUAAUGUUUGUGGGGACAGCAGCUGAUAUAUUGGAGUUUAAGAGUGAAACACUGUCAGAUAAUGGAGUCAGGUGCUGUGUUGAGUUGGUUUUUGCCAUUCUGGCCCUGUGGACAUGGAGUAUGCUGCAAUUUCCCUUGGAUCUUACAGUGAUGCAGGAAGAAGACGAGAAACUUACAGAAUAUCAUUUCCCAGUAUGGAAAGAAAAGCUAUACAAAUACAGAGCAGACCUCUGGACUAUAUUUAUAACUAUAUUUAUACAAGAUGGACCUUUUUUCAUUUUCCGACUGUUUUUAAUGUUAAAUAGAAAGAUAGCUCACCAGAUGCUAUUAUUCUUCACAAUCAAGAAUAGCUUAGUGCUGACGCUGCAGAUUUAUCGGCUGGUUGUUAUAUAUUUAGAAAUAUGCCAGCCCUGUCAGAAAGAAAACCAAGCGAUUACUGAGGCCAAUGUUGCUCCUGCUCCCACUGAGCUGGAAGAAGUCUGUGAGUAAAAGGUGCUUCUAACUGGGGCAAAAAAAAGAAAUACUAGACAUGGACUUACCAAGAUUUUGCUACCACCAUCAUGUCCAAUUGGUUGAAAUAGAAAGCUUUUCAUCAGAGUUGGAUCACACGCUUACUAACGUGCCAAAGUAGGAGCGCUGGAAAGUAGACCUCCAGGGUUAUUUAGAGGAUCAUUUUAAGGAAUAUUUUCUCAGCAUGUGAUUUUAUGAGUUAGAGACAGACUGGUAUUGGUGUAUCUCCAGUUCUUUGACCAAUCCUCCGUUUGAAAUAAUAGGAUUAGAAAUAUAUUGCUUUACAACCCGGAAACUCUACCGCUGUCCCUGCUCAUCCAAAACCAAAUCAGAGGAUUAAUUUCUUGAGCCAUCUUUCAUCAUCUUGGAAAAUCCAAAGCUAUCCCUUAUUGUACUAGAGGAAGUAUGGUAGCUAAUUUAUGUACAGGAACUGAACUUUGUAACAGAUAACUGCAGACUAAGCAUCAGGCAAAUCCCUCUUUGAUUAGUUACCACUUACAUUGAGAGCUUAACACCUUAUUCAGAAGAUAACUUCUUUUAAAGGUUCAAUGGUCACACAGCUACCUGUCAAACUAAAGCCAAUGCAUUGUCUGUACUCUAUUUGUUUUUUAUGUUUUAAAGUAACUAGUAAAUUUCAUAAAACACCCUUUGUGCCUUGUUUCAAAGUUUGGUUGAAUUAACAUUGUUAUUUCUUUGUAAGGAUUCAUGUGGAGUUGAAAAUGUAACUUUCUGUCUGUUGUGGGUUAUUCUGUGUUCAGAUGCAUAGGAAGACAAAAUAGAAUUACUGUUUAUCUGAAUAAAUGUAAAUUUCAUGAACUCUUGCACUGUUGCUGCAGUGCAGUGAUUAGAUGGAGGCCAGCCUGUUCUUUGAUAACAGGGCGUGUGUGUUAAGUGAAUUCUGUUGAAUGCACAGUGUAUCUUCUGUACUGCUACUGUAUCCAAUCUGUGCAGACACUGAAUCUUUAACACUUGAUGAAAAGCACUGGGGCAGCGUUUCCUUUUGUAAAUCAUCCAGCGAAGUCUCAUUGGAUUCAGUGCCUAACUAUCUCUCACUUAAAGUCAAAAGUGCUUUGGAUCAAAAGAAUGUAUUUCACUUAAACAAAAGCCAGAAAUAGAGCUAUUUUAUAUUUA